AUGGUUUCACCAUCGAAAACACGACGCGUCCGCUCUCUCGAAGCAUGGGACGCUCUCAAACAACGCAAUCUCGAAUACGCCAUCAACUUGCUCGUUGCAGGGGAAUGGGUGGCCAAUGGUAGUGUGAAAGAUGGUUAUAGCUGUCUAGACGCCAAAGUGGGCAGCGAACGAUGCCAAGAGACGGCGGCGCUGGUCCUCAUUCUGCGUCGUGAGAUUAUAGGUUAUCUCGAUGAUCAUGGCCUUACUCAUGGAUUCAAAUUUCUCAUCGAAAAAUAUCGCUUUCGGCAUGCUGACGAUAAGCGCUACAAUGAGAUAUUUACCAUCGACGAUAUCUGUGUGGGGAGUGAUGAGAGGUAUGAUCGGAUCAAAGAGUCUAUUAUCGACUUUAUGGGAUCAGACUGGACCAUCUUUCUUUGCUACGCGCACACAAUUGCGUCUUUCAGUGUUCUAAGUACUACGGAAUGCGGCAUACCGAUUCGCUAUCGCCGCUUGAGCGAUAUCCUAGUCGAGACGACACCAGAACAGCGCGAUGCUGGAUUGGGAGACUACCACGACGCCGAAUUUCCCAUGAGAACGGAGUUCACGGAAAUUUCUUUCAGACUUAUCGACAAGCUCUCUACCAAGAUCCUUCCACAAGGCGUCUCGGAAGUGCCAUUUGGUGAGAAGCCUAGACGGUGCUACACUGCUGCUGAGCAAGCUCGAGAGAUAUUUCAUUUCUCAAAAGCAAUAAAGCGACCAGGCUGCCGUGAAGAACACCUAAUUACUGUCGGUUCCUUCUCUGCUUCCGUGCAGAUAUUGCUUCGACUGUGUUGGGUUUAUGGAAUUCCACUUACGGUGUGUAUGCCUCGGCUGCGAUAUGAUGGAUCAGCGUCAGCUUGCAACGGUAAAUACGCUGUCACGAUAUCGGAUGUGGACGAGCCAGUGACUUACAAACUCACUUCAGUAACCGUCAUAACAUACAUGCCCACAGAUGAGAGUGGUGGCAGUUUCAGGAUGGUCGACUCUAAGGAAGCAGGAAUUGAGGAUGAGCCAUGCUGGAAGCUCCUUGGUUACAGUAUGUAUGACAAUUCGCAGCCUGGUAACUUCCUUACCUCGCCAAGCGACGGUAAGUUCACAGAAGCUCUGGAACAAGUCGAUCUGAAUCACAUCGUGUCUAUCUUUGGCUUCUUCCAUGAGGAAUAUCCUGCCAAGACGGAGAAUCCACCAGAUAUCGACGAAAUGUACAGGGUGGUGUGUGGUGAUGAAGGCGACGUUGGAGCAUUGAUGAGUCGUGAGGGUGGCUUCGAUGGUUGUGGCGUGAAUUCAAACGAAAACUCCAAUACCAACAACCUCUUGUCCAUCCGCAACAGUGUCACCGACCUGUCACAAAAGCACGACCUUCGCGACACUUUCAUCGCCCACCAGCGAGGACCCAACACGUCCUACCAGAUGCAGCACAAACCGAUUUCCUUCACCUUCAGCCACAUGGACGUCUCGACACCGCGAACCGAAGAGCUCAAGUGGGCCACGAUGCUUCAAAAGCACAAGUCUACCUCCGAACCGAUGUUUGCGAGCCUCUUCACUGUCGUCAAUGCUGUCUAUAGCAUGAGCGACAAAGACGAGGCGGAUAGAUUGAUGAGGAUGAAUAACAACAAUCAGAAGAUCAGAGACCUGAUGAAAAAACAUCCUAGUCACAUAGCCUUCUUGCGGGAUGAUCACAGGCAGAAGUGGGAGCGAUGGGCGAUGGAGAAACAGAAGAAGAACAAAGUCAAGUUGUAA